CUUUGACGUGUACAUCCCUCGCAUGGUUCCGUGUGCUUCCGGAUAAGCAAGCGUGAUUCGCGGUGCUCAGCCUUUUUUCCCCCCUUUCGCCUUUUACUCGGAACGGUCCCAGCACAGUCAUUCGGUAACCCCGCUUUCCCCCCCCGUUAACGGAGCGUGUAAACCAGUGGACAUGGCGACUUCGGUAUCUGCGCAGGUUCAGGGCACCUCGGCGUCGGUUCCGGUGCUGCAGAGAGGAAUCGUGAAAAUGGUCCUGUCUGGAUGUGCCAUCAUCGUUCGAGGCCAGCCGAGAGGUGGCCCUCCCCCAGAGCGGCAGAUCAACCUCAGCAACGUACGCGCUGGCGCUCUCGCCCGCAGAGCCGCACAGAGCCAGCCCGACGUCAAAGACACACCCGACGAGCCCUGGGCUUUCCAGGCUCGUGAGUUUCUGCGCAAAAAGAUGAUUGGAAAAGAAGUUUGCUUCACCGUGGAGGUCAAAACCCUUCAGGGGAGAGAGUAUGGCAUGGUGUACCUGGGAAAGGACACGUCCGGAGAGAACAUCGCAGAGUCGCUGGUCGCCGAGGGCCUCGCCGUAGUCCGUAGAGAGGGGAUCAGAGGCACCAGCCCUGAGCAGGUCAGACUGUGUGAUUUGGAAGACCAGGCAAAGGCUGCCAAGCGAGGCCAGUGGUCGGAGGGUGGAGGAGCGCACACCAUCCGCGACCUGAAGUACAGCAUCGAGAAUCCCCGCCACUUCGUGGAUUCCUUGCACCAGAAACCGGUCAAUGCCAUUAUUGAGCACGUUCGAGAUGGCAGUGUGGUGCGAGCGCUCCUUCUACCCGAUUACUACCUGGUCACGGUGAUGCUGUCUGGAGUCAAGUGUCCCACGUUCAAGCGAGAAGCGGACGGAUCAGAGACUCCCGAGCCGUUUGCGGCCGAGGCGAAGUUCUUUACCGAGUCCCGUCUGCUUCAGCGGGACGUGCAGAUCAUCCUGGAGUCCUGCCCCAACCAGAUCAUCCUGGGUACCAUCCUCCAUCCGAACGGGAACAUCACGGAGCUGCUGCUGAAGGAAGGUUUUGCGCGCUGCGUAGACUGGUCCAUGGCUGUGUACACGCAGGGGGCCGAGAAGCUACGCGCCGCCGAGCGCUCGGCUAAAGAGCGCAAGGUGAGAAUGUGGAAAGACUACGUCGCGCCCACCGCCAACCUGGACCAGAAGGACAGACAGUUCGUGGCCAAGGUGAUGCAAGUUGUGAACGCAGAUGCCAUUGUAGUGAAGUUGAACUCCGGGGAGUACAAGACUAUCCACCUGUCCAGCAUUCGACCACCCAGGAUUGAGGGCGAGGAGAAGAACAAGGACAAGGACAAGCGUUUCCGUCCGCUCUACGACAUUCCCUACAUGUUUGAGGCCAGGGAAUUCUUGAGGAAGAAGCUCAUCGGGAAAAAGGUCAACGUCAUGGUCGAUUACAUCCGAGCUGCCACCGCCGGCGCUGAGACGGGCCCUGUCCCGGCCUUCCCAGAGCGCACCUGUGCCACGGUCACCAUCGGAGGAAUAAACAUCGCCGAGGCCCUGAUCAGUAAAGGCCUGGCUACAGUAAUCCGAUACCGCCAGGACGACGACCAGAGGUCCUCCCACUACGACGAGCUGCUGGCCGCGGAGGCGCGGGCCAUCAAGAACGGGAAAGGGCUCCACAGUAAGAAGGAGGUACCCAUCCACAGAGUGGCCGACAUAUCCGGGGAGACCCAGAAAGCCAAGCAGUUCCUGCCCUUCCUGCAGAGAGCGGGCCGCUCGGAGGCCGUGGUGGAGUACGUAUUCAGCGGCUCCAGGCUGAAGCUCUACAUGCCCAAGGAGACGUGCCUCAUCACCUUCCUGCUGGCCGGUAUUGAAUGUCCGCGAGGCUCACGGAACAUCCCUGGUGGGAUUGCGGAGCCGUUCAGUGAGGAGGCCAUGCUCUUCACCAAGGAGCUGGUGCUGCAGAGAGAGGUGGAGGUGGAGGUGGAGAGCAUGGAUAAGGCGGGGAACUUCAUAGGCUGGCUGCACAUCGAAGGUGUGAACCUGUCUGUGGCGCUGGUGGAGAACUCCCUGUCCAAGGUGCACUUCACGGCCGAGCGCAGCGCCUACUGCAAGACCCUACAGUCGGCCGAGGAAACAGCAAGGCAGAGGAAAGACAAGAUCUGGGCCAAUUACGUGGAGAAGCCCCCAGCGGAGCUGGCCCAGGUGUCGGAGGAGAAGGAGCGCGUGGCAAACUACCGGGCCGUCUAUGUCACGGAGAUCACGGACGGCCUGCACUUCUACGCACAAGACGUGGAGACAGGUGAGAACCUGGAGAACCUGAUGGAGACGAUGCGGGCGGAGCUGGCUUCCCACCCGCCGGUGGAGGGGGCCUUCAGCGCGCACAGAGGGGACCACUGCAUCGCCAAGUUUGCUGACGGAGAGUGGUACAGAGCUCGUGUGGAAAAGGUUGAAUCUCCUGCAAAGGUUCACGUGUUCUACAUAGACUACGGCAACAGAGAGAUCGUGUCAUCCGUGCGUCUGGCCACUCUCCCUCCUUCCUUCAGCACCCGCACCCUCCCAUCACAGGCCACCGAGUACGCCUUCGCGUUCAUCCAGGUCCCUCAGGACGAGGACGCGCGGGCCGACGCGGUGGACUGCGUGGUCAGGGACAUCCAGAACACGCAGUGCCUGCUGAACGUGGAGUACCCCGGCGCCACCUGUCCCCUCGUCACCCUGCAGUUCUCCGACUCCAAGGACGACGUGGGCCUGGGCCUGGUCAAGGAAGGCCUGGUCAUGGUGGAGACGCGCAAGGAGAAGCACCUGCAGAAAAUGGUGACUGAGUAUCUAAAUGGCCAGGAGUCUGCUAAGAGUGCCAGGCUCAACAUUUGGCGCUACGGAGACUUCCGUGCCGAUGACGCAGAGGAGUUUGGAUACAGUCGCUAAGCCUCACCAUUCCAAAGACCUUGUAGAAGAGAAUAUGCAUUCACAGAGAGAAAGAGGAAAAAAAAUGAUAACAAAGCGUUAAUAUGCUUUUUUUUUAAUUAUUAUUAAUCUCUCUCUCUCUCCUUUUUUUUCACACUCUGUGCAUUUCCCUUCUUCUGCCCAAGAACGAUUUUUGUUUUUUUGUUUUUUAACUAAAGACAGCAGGGCUCUACAGGUGAACUCACUUGUAGAUACUCAUAGUAGGACCAACUUACCUUCCCUUACGUUUUAGCGACAUCAUUUCAGUGUUCAUUUUUAGCCAAUCACCAUAGUGUUCAUCCCUCCACGGCCAGCCCCUUUGUAGUUCUGCUCCAAUCUGAGCUUCAGAGGGCGGGGCGUUCACAAAUCUGGGGUUUGCACAGAGGCAACACGAACUCGACGGCUUCCUGAGAAAACGCUUCCUUAAUCAAGAGAGACUAAAAUUCUAUAUUUAAAUGUAUAUGGAUAUUAUUUUCAAGUUAGAUAAGCACACUCAAGUGAAACUAAUGAGUGUAUUUUAUAAUGUAUGAGUGUUUGACAUUUCUGGACUUUUGUGUAAGGAGUGUGUUUUCUCGCUGUCAGUACCUUGACGAACAUUCAUUCAUUCUGCUCCUCCGGGACAUUUACAUUUAACGGUUGUGUUUCUUUGUCUUCUCCAUCUGUCGCUUUCCUGCCGAACCAACAGUGUUUUGAUUUCAUUUCUUUGCGAGGUGGACCCCGUCAUUGUAUUUAAAUCUGGUAAAUAAAAACAAGCAAAGUUC